AUGGCUCCGGUAGUUAGUAUUCCCGCAAACAACAAGCUCGGUCCAGAAAAGCCCAAAAAGCCCGUUGAGCGCAAGUCUGAGCUCAUUUGCCGGGUCAAGUACAGUAACACUUUGCCUGACAUUCCGUUUGAUCCAAAAUUUAUCUCUUAUCCUUUUGACACAAACCGAUUUGUUCAGUACAAGCAAACUUCAUUAGAGAAGAACUUCAAACAUGACUUGCUAACUGAACUUGAUCUUGGCGUAAACAUUGAUUUGAUCAACCCGGACACAUACGAGCCUCCUGAGCAAGGAAUUCUAAAAAUUGACGAAGAGGAUGACAGACUUCUCGAAGAUGAAGUCACUGCGCCAACAGACACUAAACGCUCUCGAUGCCACAAUCGAACUGUCACCUGGUUGAAAAAGACUGAAUACAUAGCUACUGAAUUCAAUCGUUAUGGUACCAGCAAUGAAAAGACAGAGACAAAAGUCGGAUUUGGAGUCAAAAAGAAGAUGGAUAUGAUUGACUAUGUCGGUAGAGAUGGCCAAAUUUCUGCUGUUAGCCGAACAUUUGAGGCAGCCAAGAAGCCAAUCGUUGCGCAUCCAGAAAAACCCGGCGUUAAACCGGUGGAAAUUAUACCUGUCUUUCCAGAUUUUGAUCUGUGGAAGUAUCCAUUUGCUCAAGUUAUGUUUGAUGCUGAACCAUACAAAAGUGAAGAGUACAUGUCAGAGGCAGUGUUGCGAGGUCAAACUGGUGACAACGUUGUCAUGUACUUUGUGCCAACUGAAGCAACAUUGGAAAAGCGAAAAAAAGACGAAGAGGAGGGACGUGAUUACAUCUGGGAGGAAGAGUACGAGUACAUAAAGGCGCACGAAUAUAAUUGCAAGAUUACAAAUACUCAUACUCAUAACAAAAAGGAGUUAAUCGAAAACUACUUCUUCAUAUGGCGCGACAAUGAGGUGGUCUACAAUGAACUGGAAACGCGCAUUAAUCUCACUAAACGACGUGUGAAGCAAGCCUCUCAAGGAGUCUCUUUGCUGGCGAUAAAGCACCGAGAGCUAAAUGAGACGGAGGAUAGCUGCUUUUUAACUCGCCUGGAAAAGAUUGAACCGAAAAAGAAGAAGGAAGAGAUAGAGGCUGAAGAGAAGGCCAAGGCUGAAAAGGGCAAAGACGAACGGGAGAAGGAAGAGGACGUGGAGAUGAAGGAUGCGGACGAAGAGAGGGGUGCCCAUAAUGAAGAGGAGGACGAGGAUGAGGACGAUGGCCUGGACAGCGUGAACAGUGACGAUGACAAGAGCUCCAGUGAGAAGGACGAUAAAAGCGAUGAAAGCGAAGACGAGUCCGACUCUGAGGCGGAAGUGUACCGAAAGAAGAAGGGCAGCGAACAGCACUCCUCCAAAUCACGAGUGCAGCCGAAGUCUCCGGUGAAGAGCGACAGCGAAAAGUCCUCUUCCUCAGCCGCCUCUUCCGCUGCCUCCGCCUCUUCAUCAUCAAGCUCGGAAUCGGAGGGAGGGCUUCCUGCCUCGAGCAGUGACGACGACGAGAAUGGAGGUGACAGUCAGCGGCAACGACAACGCGAGCAGAAAAAGAAGGGCAACAAAAAGAUAACUGACAUCUUCGGCGACAGCGGCAGCGGCAGCGACAACAGCAGCGACAACGGCAGCGACUAA